AUGAAACAACUUGAAGCCUUUUAUCUUGCAAACGCUGUUAUAUAUUUUCGGUUUGUUGAAGAUGUUAUCACACUUAAAUUAGUAAAUAAAAAAUGUUUAGAAGCAACAGAGAUGCUCAGAUUUUUUCCAAAGAUGUCACUAAAAACACUCCAAAACAAAAACGAAAUUGUAUCAUCAAGAACUUAUCAUAAUAUAGUAAACACUCUCAUCCCAAAUAAUAUUUUCGUUCUUUUUCCACACCUCGAGACAAUAGAAUGUGAUAAUAAUGAUAUUGCACUAAGAAAUAAUAUAAUUGACAAGAUUGCACAAAUCAAGUUAAUAAAUCAUAUUUCUGAAGAAAAUCACGAUAUUUUUUUGUUUGAGAAAUUGAAAGAAAAAGUUAUUAUGCUUAUUGUGUCUUCAUUUUCAAAAAAAAUCAACUUGAGUGGGUUUGCCAAUCUCCAGAUCGUAAAACUCAACGUUUUAAACUGGGAAAACUCAAUAACAUUAGAAGACGUCUUCCCAGACAAGACACAACAUAUCAAAGUUGUGUCGCUUCACUGUAGGAAAACAGAAACAGCUUUACAACUUCAGAAGUACAAAAAUUUCGAAAAGAAGAUAGUGGUGUUUAAUUCAAGAUAUGAAAAGGUCGAACACUUAGACAUACUCAAGAGCUUCGCUGUUGUCGCUUUUGAUGAUUGGAUAUAUAAAGACGGAGAGAUCGUAUUUUUGCGAGAUUACACGUUAAAUGUAUGUAACAACAACUUGAUGAAAAUUAAUGAGAUUGAUGAAAUGUGCCUUGUGAAGACUAUCACUGUAAGGUCAGAAGUAAAAAAUGAUAUUCUGUUAAACGGACUUCACGAACUUCAAACAGUCAACACACUAAGUAAUUCUAAAAUUGUCUUUUCAGAAGAUAUGAUCAAAAGCACGAAUAUUAAAAGUGUACACGGAGAGUUGAACCAAAUACCGGACGGCGUGUUGUUCUUGGAAUGCACUGAAAAUACACUUUCAAAAGCCACACCAGCUAAUUUUAAAACAAUCAAAAAGUUGCACAUAGUGAAUGAUACAAAUUUUGAUUUGUCAAAGUUUAGUUCAAUGACUGCGUUGGAAUUUCAAAACGCCACAGUAACACAAGAUAUGACGCUUUUAACUUCGCUUAAAGAACUAUCAAUGUCAUAUUCUCGUUUUAAGGAAAGCCCCAUUUUUACAGACAAUCUAAAGGCUCUGCAUCUCAAUCGAAUGAAUUUACAAAAAGGCUUGCCGUUCAACAGAGGAAUAACAAAUCUAGUGGCAAUAGGCUGUGUUUUCGACAACGAUCUCACAAGUAACCUUUUGGGUUUGAAAGUUUUGAUUUUGUUAUCACCCCAAAUUGAACAUCUUGUGUGCCCUUCCUCUCUUGUAUCUUUCGAUAUAAUUAGAGGUAAACCCUUUUCGAUUGAUUUGUCACAAGCAAAUGAUCUACAACACUUGGGGUUCACAGAAUUUAAUCCACAUUCCAUCACUCUUCCAAAACACGUUGAAAAUCUCUAUUUGUGUGAUGGUGUCUUUGUUUUCGACAAGUUGGUUAACAGUACAAUCGAGCACCUUAUUUUACUUUCGGUGAAAUCAAUGGACAUCGGGGAGGUACCAUUGAAGUCAAGAAAUUUAACCAUAAGAAAUGUCACGAGUGUUAAGAGUACCGUCGAUGUCAAGCUGUUUGGAGAUACUCACGAAUUUUCAACAAAACGUCACAUUGCACUAAAACAAUUUGUCUUUUUUCGGGAAACCCUACCUAAUUCUUGA